AUGUCCUCCUCCCACCAAGGCGGCACUCUCUCCGAAAUGGCCCCAAAGGGCACAACCAUCCCCAACGACGCCGGAAAACAAAACACCAUUCCCUCCGUGGCGCGACCCGAACAACGAUCCGAGAACCAGCUCUUCGAUAACCAGGGUCUCGGCCAGCCUUCUUCUGCCUUCGCGGCCGAUAAUGAAGCUACUUUGCCCCGGGGUCCGAGCGAUCCGGGUAUGUCGGGUGAGGUAGUCACCGGAACGGGUAAUACAUUGCCUGCGGAGGGAGAGUCGAAGUUUAAUCAGAUCGGUACGGAUAAGCCUGGUGUUAGGGGGGAUACGAGGAAUUUGAAGCAUGGGAAGGUUAAAGGGGGAUUGUUGGAUGAGGAGUGA